AUGAAAAUCGCCGAGAGAGCGCGCCAGAAACCCAAGAGGUACCAUAGCUAUGUGCAAUCGAAGACUGUACUAAGGCAAUCGGAAGGCACUCUUGAGGACCCCGGAGAUGGGCUGUCUGUCUCAGAUUACGAAAAAUGUGAUACGCUCAGGAGGUAUUUCGAAACCGUCUAUGAAGAAGACGAUGGGCGUGCAGUCCCUCGAGAGUUUUUUGACACCCCUCCAAUGGGUGAUGUGGAAGUUUCAGUUAGUAGUGUUCUUGAUGCCAUGGAGGGCUUGAAUGUAAACAAGCCCGCUGGCGUCCACUGGCUACAUCCGGCCAUCAUCAAACCCCGGCAGGCUAUUCUGAACGAAGAAAUCGGCUGUGGUCAAACGGUUGACAAGGAGCCGAAGCUCCGGAAGAACGUGGUUCCCGCUGAAGCAAGAAUCUGUACGCUCAGUUGGCGAAAGCCUUUUCGUCCUGUGCCACCUGACCUUACCUGA